AUGGCGAACUCAGGACAACGCACACAGCAGGUCCCCCAGCAUGUUUCCGCGCUGCUCUCGCACCUCACCUCGCGCCCCGGCGUGCAAUCCACCUUGAUUCUCUCCCGAAAAGACGGAUCCAUCAUCCAAAGCACAGGACAGUUAGCACAAAUGACCGAAGAGAACGGAGGUUCUCGAACCGCACACAUCCCCUCAGCCACAACCGAUCCGACUGCCCUCUCCGCCGCUCAACCCACAGAACCAUCCCCUACCUCACCCGCCGUGUCACAGCCCUACCAACCCUCACAAGCCGAGACACUAGCUGCCCACAUCUUCGCGUUUGUCUCCAGUGCCGAGGCACUCGGUGUGUCACUAUCGCGGCCCACUCCCACUGUGCAGCGACCCAGCGACAGCCAUUGGGAUGAUAACUACGACUACGGGAACGAGGCGGGCACAGCACGCGAGGAAGACCGGGACGGCGAUGAUCUCGAUCGGGAUGAGGAUGGAGAAGUGAAGCUGCUGAGAAUGCGCACGAAGAAACAUGAGAUUGUGGUCGUGCCGGAUCGGAAGUACCUGCUGUGUGUGGUACAUGAUGCCUCCCCCGGCGGAGGACCUGGGGCAUCGGGCUCGCGCUCCCGGUAG